AUGAAGUUUUCCACCACCGUCACCGUUCUCUUUGCCACCAUUGCUUCCGCCGGCGUGAUUGGACGCGACGAGGAGGCGAGCGCGGCCAGCAGUAAUCCACUGGACAAUAUCCUAACGCCGAUACGGACCUUCUUGACGGACCUGAACACGCUCGACACGACGGACCGCGCUCGGGCCGGGGUCGCCGUCGACGAAAGCUUCAAGAAUCUCAUGCUGAAAAUAGUACGAAGCAUAUUUGGGCAUGGGUCGGCGAGGACGCAAGCCUCCUGA